AAGAAUGAUGGGGUCAUAUGUCCCCCGCUGGAUUAGGUUGGCACGGCGGAGCGUACGACCAAUCCCUUACGGCUCUGUCAUUAUUGACAGCGGGUCAUUCCUGGUCUUCCUAUUUCACCUAAACUCGACUUAUAAUGAUAAAAGGGGCGUGGGGGAGACCCCUUUCUUCCUCUCAUGUUGUUAUUCAUUAUACCUUAGGCGUGGUUCACAAUGGGCAGUAUCUCUGGCGACAAAGUCGCUUUGGUUUUCGGCGCAAGCGGGAUAUCUGGCUGGGCUGUGACUAGGAGCCUGCUGGAAUAUCCAACUCGCAGCACCUUUUCACGGGUGAUCGGCCUGACGCAUCGGCCCCAAACGCGGGGACAAUUAGGGCUCCCCGAUGAUCCGAGACUGGAGGUGUAUUCAGGCAUUAACCUACGGGGUAGCCUGGAUGAAGUGAUGACCCAAAUGCGUGAUACAAUCCCGCAGCUAGAUCAGAUCACCCAUGUAUACUAUCUCGCGUACUCCAAUGCUACUGCAUACACCGAAAAUGUGAUGGAUAUCAAGAGCAUCAACGUUGCCAUGACCUACAAUGCUGUCCAUGCCUGCGAUACACUGUGUAAGAACAUGGCCUUCUUCGUGCUGCAAACAGGUACCAAUCACUACGGCGUCGCGGUUUUUCAACACAUCGACAAGCUCACCUUCAAUACACCCUUGAGGGAAGACGCCCCGCGUGUCCCAUCACCAUACGGUGACGAGAUCUUCUACUAUGGCCAGGUUGACUUAAUCCGAAAAGCAGCUCAGGGGAAGAGCUGGGGCUGGUGUGAAGUUCGCCCAGAUCAAAUCAUAGGCCAUGUACCCAGUACCACAAGCAUGACCACAGUCGAGCCAAUAGCUCUCUACCUCUCCCUAUACCGUUAUGUGUACGGCUACGGCGCUACUAUUCCGUUUCCAGGAACUCCCACCAAUUAUGUCUACACGUUCACAGACUCAUCUCAAGACAUAAUCUCGCGAGCAGAGAUCUACCUGUCUGUCGUGAAACCGCACGAAACGAACGGAGAAGCAUUCAACAUCGCAGACACGGCCACUCCAGGCCCAUGGUGCGCCAAAUGGCCUAUCCUCGCGGAGUACUUCGGUCUGAAGGCCACAGGACCAACGCAGGAGGACUACGCAGCGAUCGACAAGUGGUGGUACGACCACCAGGACGACUACGAUCGCAUGUGCAAGGAGUACGGUCUCGAAAAGCGGGAUAUCGGACCAGAAACCUGGCUCUUCGUCUACGCUGGUUUCAAACUAUUGGAUCGAAAUCGUGAAUUCAGUCUGGACAAGAUCCGUAGCUUCGGGUUCACGGAGGAGAGGUCAGUAGGCAAGGGCCAUCUUUUGGCGUUUGACCGUAUGGCCAAGGUUGGGGUGAUUCCAACUAGAACGCAGCUUUUGCCGUCGAGUGGUGUACAACCGAACUUGUAGUGAGGGCACUGGUGUAGGAUAUGCUAUCUAUUGACGGAUUAUCUGUUUCGUCGGACUUGGUUUCAGCCUUUUCAUCUUUCUGUUGGCCUUCCAGGGGAAGUGUGGAAGAUUGUAUGCAUACUCUGACUAGUUCAGCACUAUAU